UCUCUACUCGAAAUGAAAUCGUUGAUCUGUUUAGCUCUCCUUGCAGUCGCUGUUAGCGCUCUCACCGAGGAACAGAUGAAGAAAGCCGAAGGCUACGCCAACGAAUGCUUGGAAAAGUUUCCUGAAUUGAACAAAGACUCCUUGUCGAAGAUACGCAGUGGACAAUUCGCCGACGCAAAUCAGGACGUCAAGUGCUUUGCCAAAUGUUUCCUAGAACGAGCUGGAUUUAUGGAUGCUAAAGGAGCUUUCCUAACCGAUUACGCUAUCGAGCGGCUGUCGCUGGAUCAUGAGAAGAGCAAGGUAGAAGCGCUCGUUCAGCAGUGCUCUAAGGCAUAUGAAGAUCCAUGCGAGACCGCCUUUCGGGCCUUCGAGUGUUACCACAACGGGAAGCAACAGCUGAUUUAAACAUGGCAUU